AUGAGGGAAAUCGAUGCGCACUUCGAUGCCUAUGAGCAUCUGAAACACCUUCCGAGAGACGGAGAAGCGCUACACAUGCUCCGCAAGGCUGCGUCUAUGGUCAAGCCGAUGAUGCGAAAGCGAGGCUGGAAAGUAGGGACCUUGGCUGAAUUUUUACCUGAUGAGCCGCAGCUAUUAGGUUUAAACAUCAAUCGCACAGAGAGGAUCCUCAUCAGGCUGAGAUACCAUCAUGACUCUAGACAGUUCUUGUCCAUGGAGCAAGUAACAGACACGUUAUUACACGAGCUCUCCCACAUUGUCUUCGGCCCUCACAACGCCGAUUUCAACAAUCUCUGGAACGAGCUUCGCGACGAACACCAAUCCCUUCUCAUGAAGGGUUACACCGGCGAAGGAUUUCUGACGCAAGGUAAGAAGCUCGGCGGCAAGCGUAUUCCACUCGAAGAGAUGCGACGACAGGCGAGAACAGCUGCUGAGAAGCGCAAAUCUACCACCAAUGCCAACACUGGCGGCCACCGAUUGGGCGGCGGGGCAGUAGCACGAGGCGUUGACAUGCGCAAGGUCAUCGCGGACGCAGCGUCUAGAAGAACUAGUAUCACUGAAGGAUGCGCAAGUGGUAGCUCGGAAGCUGGGAGGCUGGUCAACCAGCAAGAGCAGGAUGGGUUCCGGACAACAGCUGAGCAGGAUGAUGCAAACGACCUCGCAAUUGCGCAUGCACUGCAAGAUCUCAUGUAUGAGGAGGAGAUGCAAAGACUAGGGGCGCCAACUGGAGGAGGCGGCCUGAGUUGGGAUCCUCAGAAUGGAUUACAAUUCGACAGCAAUCCUCCUUCGCGGACAGCAUCGCCGGUGGCGAGCUCUUCUCAGGGCUUGGAGUGGUCGAAAGAAGGUCUUACAUCGACACAAACAUACUCAACUCCAAGUUCUUCCCUUUCUCAAGGACGUCCUCUCUCUCGUCUCGUCACCAAGUCACAGAACAGAACUUCGUCUUCUUCAUCACGGCCGACGGCUUCCCGUACAUCGUCACGCUUGAUAUCUCAAGAUGAAGAACAACUUCGCAACAAGCAGCUCCCCCCCACUCCACCACCCACCUCACCUCAACAAAUCACCGUCCCCACCGAUCCUGAUAAGUGGGCAUGUCCACAAUGCACGCUGCACAACCCCCUCGACUUCCUGACCUGCGAAGUUUGCGGCCUUGAACAACCCCCUCAGCCAAUACCACAGCAUAAGCGCUUCGGGCCGUCGCAUAUGGCGCCAAGUCUACCGAAACCGCCGCCUCAAUCUGGCCUGAGGGGACAAGGAGCUACACCGUUCGAGUCAGCGAAAGGAAGGAUGGGCUGGAAUUGUCUGGAGUGUGGGACGUUCAUGGAAAAUGAAUGGUGGACAUGUUCGCUUUGCGGGACGAUGAAGCUAGAUUCAUGA